CACAUACGGCAACUCUCCACAGGAAAAGCUGGAGACAGAAUGUGCAGCCCCUUCACAGCAGCUUUGGUGCGUUGUGCAGACCAAAUGGGAUCCUGCUAUACUUUGAUAGUUGGUUAAUUACUCAUAUGAUACCACACAGAUGUCUGGGGGCUCUAGCUGAAUUCUCAUCUCCCUAACUCACUGAGUGACUGACUGACGGGAUCCUGGGGAAGGCAGACAUUUAAGGAGCGGUAGCUCUGGUAAAGAGUACUAACCCAACGCUUAUCAACACAUCUGGAAAUCAAAGCGAGAAGUGUGUUCAGCAAUGGGCUCUACAACACUACAUGUGUUUUUGCUAAUGGCCAUCAUGGUCACUGGAGGAAUAUGUCAGUUAAACAGCACAGAGGAGCUUCAGGACACUUUCCUUCAAGGCUCCACAACCUCCAAAACCAACAUCCAUAUGGGUCUCCAGCCUUCCCCUCAGCCCACCUCCAGAAAAGCCCUGAUGGGUAACAACACCAGACCUAGGGGCCCUCCAGCCUGCAAGGCUCCCACCUCCAUCAAGCUCUAUUUCAAGUAUAUUAACACAAUAAUUUCCUGUGCUGUGUUUGUGGUGGGAAUGGUGGGUAACGCCACAUUGCUGAGGAUUAUAUACCAAAACAAGUGUAUGAGAAAUGGGCCCAAUGCCCUCAUUGCCAGUCUGGCUCUUGGAGAUCUUAUCUACAUCAUCGUAGAUAUCCCUAUCAACGUCUACAAGUUACUUCUAACAAAAUGGCCAUUUGAUGACAGCUCCUUUGGACUUUUCCUGUGUAAGUUGGUGCCCUUCCUUCAGAAAACAUCUGUGGGAAUUACAGUACUCAAUUUGUGUGCCUUGAGCGUGGACAGGUACAGGGCUGUAGCCUCCUGGAGUAGAGUGCAGGGAGUUGGCAUUCCCCUUUUUACUGCCUUUGAGAUCGUCUCCAUUUGGGUCCUGUCCAUCAUCCUGGCUGUGCCAGAGGCAGUGGUCUUCAACAUGGUCACCUUCACUUACAACAACCAAACAAUCCACACGUGCAUGCUCAAGCCUCAAUCCAGUUUCAUGAUGUCCUAUGUAGAUUGGAAAGACUGGUGGCUAUUUGGCUUUUACUUCUGCGUGCCGCUGGCCUGCACAGCCAUUUUCUACACCCUCAUGACAUGUGAAAUGCUCAACCACAGAAAUGGAAGCCUUCGGAUUGCCCUCAGUGAACACCUCAAACAGCGACGUGAGGUGGCUAAGGCAGUCUUCUGUCUAGUGCUGAUCUUUGCUCUUUGCUGGUUCCCCCUGCAUCUCAGCAGACUCCUGAAGAAAAUGGUUUAUGUUCCUAAUGAUGAAAGACGUUGUGACCUACUCAACUUCCUGUUAAUCAUGGAUUAUUUCGGCAUAAACUUGGCCACUGUCAACUCUUGCAUCAAUCCCAUCAUCCUCUACUUUGUCAGCAAGAAGUUCAAGAAUUGCUUUAAGUCCUGCCUGUGCUGCUGGUGUUACACCAAGAACCAGGUGUCAAGCUCUGGCCCCAUGAAUGGCACCAGCAUUCAGUGUAAAAACCAUGAGCCCUGCAACCUCAAUACUGACAGAAGCCUUCGUAAAAACAGCGACUGAUAGGUGAGCAUGGAGGACUCGCUACAGCCACAGUCUACAAUCAUGCUUAAAACACAUUAUCAAAAACAGACAGUGUGCAACUCUGAGGUGUCUAACAUUAUAACCUUUUGUACGAUGGAAACUAGAGGCCAUUCGUGCUUGGCACAGUAUGAGACUGGUUUUAUAUAUAUAUAGCUGCAGACAAUGAACCUGAUAUAUUUAAAGUCUUCCGUAGACCCGGAGCAGCUGUUCCCAUAGACUCUCAGUGUUGUUUUGUUGAAUGAGAAGAGGAAGGAGUGAAGAGCAACAGGAUGCAGCUGAACCUAACAGCUAUAAACUAAUCUUCAUCAGGAGCUCGACGUGUUUUCCCUACGUAAACACUGCCCCAUGAACGUGCUUUGGAUCGUCACUGUCCGACGUGAAAGGAAGUUGGAGAAAGGAAGAGUGAAGUGGGGUGUGUCAAUAUGUUUUUGUGUGUGUGUGUGAGUGUGUGUGUAUGAGCUUUGCCAAAGAAAUUCCCAGCAUGACACUGAGGAUGCAGCCUUUAUCCUUCAAAUUCAGUGUCCAGUUUAAUGUCCAUUUGUUAUUGUUAGUGUGGACACAGUCAUAGCUCUACUAUUAUAAAGAGAAACAGAAACAUGCAAGUACAGUUCAGGUCACCACCUGCCUCAAACUUAUUUAGAUAUUGUACGCUGGACGUCACCUCUGUAUAUUUAGUGAGGUAGGAAGAUAAUGAAGAUAUAUAUAUAUAUAUUUUUUUUUUUUUUUUUUUUUUUUUAACCGGCCAUUGUGUUUGAAAACGGAAUUGCUAUGUUUCAUACAUAUAUAUGCUUGGGAGGUGGCCUUAUCUCUAUUGCCUAACCUUGUCUAAGGUGUCUAAGAUGAAUCUGUAAUAUCAAAAUGAAAUUAAAAAUGCGCUUCACUGUACUGUACUGUAUCAAUCAACAUGCUACUGCAAAUCUCACAUUUUCCAGCUCUAUUCAUUAGCCAUCAAUUCCAGCAAUAAGGAGGCAAAUUGGAUCUUGACCUCUGUGGAAUUUAAGAGUAAUUUCUAGGAAGGCAUCCAAUUGCAAGAAAUGUUGGGUCAUAGUGUGUUAUACACACAAAGAGAUAAAAAAGGAAGAAAAAUAAUUUCUGUAUUCUGAGCAAAAGGGCACAGGGAAGGGGUCUUUCUGUAAUCAAAACCAAAAGAGAUAUACAGUACAAACAUAUCCUUGCUUUAUUUUGACACUGUGAAUUUUAAGAAAACUCAUAAAUGUUGGUAAGCUUGUAUACAUUGCUUUAAUAUUCCUAAUAUUUAAUGGCCUUGGUAUUUGUAAACAUUUGCAUUUGCAUCUGUAAGUUGAAAUAUUUGUUUUCUUAAAGUAAUAUUCCGGGUUCAAUACAAGUUAAGCUCAAUCGACAGCAUUUGUGGCAUAAUAUCGAUUACCACAAAAACUAAUUUUGACUCAUCCGUCCUAUACUUAAAAAGCAAAAAUUAAAGUUGCAGUAAUGAUCUUACAAUGGAAGUGAAUGGGGCCAAUUUUUGAGGGUUUAAAGGCAGAAAUGUGAAGCUUAUAAUUUACACAUAUUAAUUCUUCUGUUAAAACUCAUGUAUUAUUUGAGCUGUAAAGUUGUUUAAAUUGUCAUUUUUACAGUCGUUUUAGGGUUUUGGGGUUUGUUGACAUUACAUCGUCAUGGCAACAAAGAUGUAAAAUUGGCUAUAACUUUACACAGAAAAGGUUAGUAAGUGUAUUCAUCACACAGAAAUCAUUUUAACAUGACUAUUGUUCAUGUCUUGAGGCUAUACUUUUUAAAAUAGUGAGUAUUUAAAUGUUUUUGGAUUGGCCCCCAUUUACUUCCAUUGUAAGUGCCUCACUGUAACCCAGAUUUUUUUUUUUUUUUUUUUUUUUGAUUUUUUUUUUAUUAACAA